AUGGCCAGUGACAAUGGAUACGUCAAGCCGAGCUCGUCGGACCCAAUCCCAAGACUUCAGAUCCCUUCGAACGUAACCCGGAUCUCCCGCGCGUUCGCGAGAACAUGCAGCGAUGGCACGUUCCAGAUCAUAUACUACCAGUCCGGCGUUGGCUCUAGGACAGGAUUCGUCGACAUGAUUGCUGGCGGCGCCUUCGGAAUUGGCAUCGCAGAGAACAUUCGGGAGGCGUAUUCUUACAUAUGUGCGAACUACGUCGACGGAGAUGAGAUUAUUCUUGUAGGGUUCAGCCGUGGCGCUUUCACUGCACGAUCCAUUGCCGGAAUCAUAUCAGACCUCGGUCUACUGACUCGCGAGGGUAUGGAAUACUUUUAUCCUGUCUUCAAGGACAUGCAGAACUGGAUGGACUACAACUACAGAGAUCCGUUUCCGGAGCUCCCUUUCCCUAACAAACCCAAAGGCAGUAAUGCUUCGAGCAUAUACAGAGAGAGGCUCGUGGAAAACAAGCUCAGUAGGGUGCUCCAAGAUGGAGGUGCUGGUGAGUUGAUCAAAGUCAAAGCCAUUGGAGUAUGGGAUACUGUUGGCAGCCUUGGCAUUCCCGAUAUCAAGUUCCUGUCCCGUCUCGGCAUCCAUCGCUCUACAGAGGAGUUCACUUGGUUCAACACCAGCCUGUCACCCAAGAUCGACCACGCUUUUCAUGCCUUGGCCAUUGACGAAAAACGCGGUCCGUUCAGUCCAGCACUCUGGGAACGGCUUCCCGGCCAGACUACCGACCUCCGGCAGGUCUGGUUUCCUGGGAGCCAUACCAACAUCGGGGGUGGCUGUUCAGAUCAAGGUGUUGCUAACAUCACCCUGGCUUGGAUGAUGGACCAACUGUCUUCUGUUGGUGUUGAGUUUAUUCCGGGCACAAUGAAUACGCUAUUUGCGCGCAAUGUUGAUUACUAUAAGAGUCUAAACCCAGCAGGAGAAAAGAGCAGCGGCACGGUUCGUCCAUGCUGCGGCGCCAUCAGGCUCAAACCGAAAUACUGGGCUACCAAGGAAAUCUAUGCAUCCAACAAUCCCAUUCGGCCAUGGGCCCUGCACAAAAUUGAAACCGUUGAGAGCGCUCUUUAUGAUCUUAUUGGAACGCAUCGCCGCUCGCCAGGCAUGUACAAACGAGUCAACCCUAAUACGGGACGACCCACGGCAGCAUUUCUCGAGCAUACGAAUGAGAGAGUCCACAGCAGCGUUCGUGCGCGGCUAGCUUGCCACGGGCUGGCGGCGAAUGAUGGUGCCAUAUGGAAAUGCAAGCCAGUCACCAAAUUGUGGCGUCCGCGCCGAGUUGCUGUGAAUUAUUACAACCCUAUUUCUGAUCACGCUGAGUGGGGACCACAAAAUGGGGGAAAGGAGGCCACUGAUAGUUCCAAUUGCACUGGCAAUGGGGUGUCGAAUUCAGAAACCACGGACCUUCGUUGGGUGUGGGAGUACAUUGGGCCAGAAACAGACGCCCCGGAAGUGCGAACAAUGGUCGAAGAGAAUCUUGGCCCCUUCGAGAAGCACCUGCUACAGCUAUCUGGUGGGCACGGCGAACAGGUCUGCAAGGUGGCUGAACAGGAAGAUUUCUCAAAAUUCAAGUUUCCGGGCACAAAGAAGGCAUAG